AUGAACAGAAGCUGUGUUGCCUGUUCCGAAUCGAAGAUUCGAUGUGACCUUAACAAAACGGCUCCGCCGUGUACCCGAUGCCUGCAAAGGGGGUGGACUUGCGUGAGAGCGGAACGUAAGAAGCGCGCGCGAAGAACCAAGAACAGUAAUUUCCUUCCAUCACCACAAACCGGAAGUGAAGAUGGGCUGUACAAGGUCUCGGAGCUACCAGUGUUCGAUGAACAACCCGUCAACUUGUCAUUCCUCGAUAGUUGCUCGCCGGACGAAGUCGAGUUUCUAGCCCAGUUAGCCGACCUUGAAAAUUGCGUCGAUCUGAGCUCCUUCACUUGGACACCGCAAGAAAAUCCUUUAAUGGUUGGUGACCACAGCCUGCCUCGACCUAGCACCGGUGCAUCGACAGAUGAAAUGGGUGCCCCGGAGAUCGCCAUGAAUGUGGGGUAUCUAUGCCCAGACAAUUUUCGACUUCCAGCAGACUAUGCCCUGGAACUAGAAGGUCCGGAAACCGUCCCCAUAGAUCGAUUGGAAACAUACGCGAGGCACUUUUUUGCCCAUUUCCACCCUUUCUUUCCAUUGCUGCACAUUCCUACCUUCUGCUUAGCCUUGUCCCCCGCGGUGCUUGUCAGAGCAAUCUGUUUCACAGGCGCUGGGUUUGAAAACAGCGCAACGUCGAAAUCGGAUGCGAAGUUUUUACAUGGGUCCCUAUCAACUCUGUUCGCCAAAUGCUGCCUUCGUUGCGAUAAAAUUUCCCCAAAACUUGAAGAGCUUCAAGCAAUAGUGCUCUUUCAGCUAGCGAGUAUGGCAAACGGAGAAAGUGCAGCGGAACGGGCAGCGUCGCGGCUCCUGCACCCACUCCUCGUCUCAGUCAUACGACAAGCAGGGCUCCUCAAAAUCCAUGGCGAGUGCUCAAAAGCUACACGGAAUGCACAUGUAUGGCAAUCAUGGAUUGAAAAAGAGUCUAAGAAGAGAGUUCUUUGGGGCGUCUUCACAGUGGAUUGCUAUCAAUCCGUUUUAUGUGGUAGUAAGCCACUUCUUCUACCGACAGACACACGCGCCUCUUUUCCUUGUGAUGAUCCCAGCUGGAACGCCUAUUCCGCCUCCUCGUGGGCUGCAAUGCCGGCGCAAGAUCCAUCGAGCUGUUUCCUGUCCUCUGUAAAGGGACUCAUGGUCCGACAAGCUCCAUCAGAGUCAAAUUUAACUAAAUUUGGCUUGAAUCUGUUGAUUUUGUCAAUUCAUUCACUGCUGCUGGAAGCUCAAACCUCGAUACUGCCUGUUGAUCUGUCCACCCUAGAGGCAGCAUUGAACACAUGGCACAUGUCGUGGGAGCAAUUUCGGAGACGAUCCCAGCACCAAAAUGAAUUGAGGGUGGGCAAUCUCCUUAUCGCAAAUAGUCUUUCGCUGUACUAUCUGGCAUUCCACUUUUUGAGAAAUGGGCGUCCGGUACUAAAUGAGAGGGCUUAUUUGGAGAAAUCCAGGGUCUCGGGUAAUCCAUUCAUAAUUAGAGAACAGGUUUAUCAGGAUGAAAUGACGAGGUGCGUUCGAGAAAUGCUUCUUGAGUUUCAGGGGGGAGAUAACACAUUGGCAACGCUUUUAUAG